UGUCCAACUGUCAAAUGCAAAAGGUAGUUCAUAUCUUGGGAAAAUACACGCCCCUUAGAAAUUCCCAAAUCAAAUUUCAAACUUUAGUUUACUUGGUUUCCUCAUUUUUACAUUGAAUUAAAUUCAUUUAUACCAGCGUUUUUUUCGGCAGACGGUUGAAGAAUAGAUUACGGUGCCUGCGUAAUUUCAGGUAAGGUAAUUUUUUUGUUAUAGAAUUUGUAAAUUUCGAAUCUUUCCAAAUAUUUGUGUUUUAUUUGAUUCUUGAAGAGUUUUCUUAAGUGUUGAUGUUAUGGUUUCUUUGGUUGGUUAUUGGCUUUGGCGUAUCCAUUUCUUUGUUGAUCUUCCUCAAUUUGCUUGUUGUGAAACGUUGGAACCAUUUUCCGAGUGUUUCUCAUCGGUCAUGAGUAUUUGGCUUGAGGUUUAGAUGAGAUAACUAUUGGUGAUUUUGAUCCUCGACUUUGUUUGCAAAUUGCAACUUAAUUGGUAAGACAUUUCCCCUUGAUCUAACAGGUUGGGUCCAAAAGUUAGGGGUUUGAAUCACCAUGGAGGUAAAUGGGGAAUCGUCAUCGAUCCUCUUUAAAAGAAAAACAUACUCCCUUUGUCCCACAACAUAAGUCCAUUUUCUAUAUUUGGUAAGUUUUUCUAAUGGGUCUCAUUACCCUCUAAGAAUACUCUAAUUACCUUUUCUUUUGAUCUCUCUCAUACUUUAUCAAUUUCACAUUAAAACUCGUGUCGACCCCCAAUUUUCUGUAUUUAUGGGACAGAGGGAGUAGUUGUUAGCAAUACUUUGGUUGUUUAGGAAACCUUACUUUAAUAGGAUUAGGAUAUGUUCUAUAGGUUCGUAUCUCUGUAUCCUUGAUAUUCUCAUUUGCACAAGGUAAUUUUGUUGUCUUAUAAAGUUAGGGAGGCGUAGGAAAAUGAUCAAGGUCGGGGCUAUAGCUCACAUUGUUCGUGGUUGUAUGUUCUUAAAAUUCCAAAACAAAAUACUUCCUUCGUCCCACUCAAGAUGUUCACCUUUCCUUUUUAGUUUGUUCUACUUAAGAAGUCCACUGAUAUUUGAAAAUAAAUCCAUCCCAUCUCUCUCCUUAUUAAAAUAUUCAGUUACACUUUUUUCUCUACUUAUUCCACCUAACAACUCUUCCUAAAAACCCGUGUCACUCAAGAAUAUAUGAACAUCUUGAGUGGGACGGAGGGAGUAGAUGAUUGUAGUGACGAGGAUUUAGCAUUGUAUUUGAAGAAUCUUUAAUCAUAUUAAUAGAUGAUUGAAAAUCUUGAUUGAGGUCUCAACAAUGUACGACUCAAUUCAAAGAGUCACGUUUUCCGUUCUGGGAUUUUCCGUUCUGGGAUUCUCGCGCAAAGUGAUACAAUUCUGAAAUUGAAGUAUCACUUUGUGCUUUAUUCUCUCUCCACUUAACAACACUAAACUGACUAUGGUUGUUCCAUUUAGUCAAGAUCAACAACAUUGAUUGAUUUUAAGUUGCUUUAUGGGGAAGUUUCUACCUAAUUCCGACCUAUUGGUUCUUUGGAGAGGAAACUUCUUGUCAACCAAGCAUUGUUUAGUUGUUAUAGCAUAAUUUUUUAGGUGGGAGGUAUUUUUGACAUAAUUGAUAGUUAACAUGUUUGUUGUGAUUUUAGUUGCCAACUUCUCUACCAACAUGCCAUUUCUUGGCUAUCAAAUCUAAGCUUAGGCUUCAAUCUUGAAGCAACUAUCUUAAUGAACUUGCUCCUUGACAAUAUGUGCAUAAAUUUGUUUUCCUUGGUUGGAAUGAGUAACUUAAUGUAAUGUUACACCAUCUAGCAUCUUGAAGAGAAGUUUCCCUCACUUAUGAAGUUGUCGAAGACCCCAAAUAAUCAAAGGAUUAAUAGAAAACAGCCAAUAGAUUGGAUUUCCUUCAUCACUGAUGAUCAUGCUAAGUUAGCGAUUCCGGUUGGACCUCGUUUCCAAGUAGACAUUACACCUUGGAAUCCCUUGUCUUCCAAGACUCACCUAAUUAUUGGUGACACAGAGUCUGACGAUGAAACUAAGUGGUUAGGCACUCCAAUGUGGCCACUGAAAGGAAGAAGCCAAAUUACGCCACAAAAUAUGGUCGGUAGAGGGAGACCGCAAAAUUGUAUGUGUGUGUUCCCAGGAUCAAUAGAGUGCGUUAGACAACAUGUGUCAGCCAAAAGGCUCCAAUUAAAGGCCGAACUUGGUCCCGCCUUUUGGAAAUGGAGGUUUGAUGUAAUGGGAGAUGAUGUCUCCAAGGUAUGGAAUAAGGAGGAACAAAGGAAAUUUGAUGAUGUUGUCAAAAUGAACGUUACAUCUAGCGACACAAGCUUCGUGAAGGUAGCCUCACAAUGUUUUGCGCGCCAUAGCAAAAGAAGUAUCGUUAGCUACUACUUGAACGUGUACAUCCCAAGGCGAAUAAGUGCUCAAACUAGGUCGGGUUGCAAUUAUGUUGACACGGAUGAUGAUGUUGAUGAUGAUGAUGAUGAUGAUGAUGACGACAACGACGCGAUGAUGAUUAAGAGGUUACGUGCGGACUUCACUUAUAGCGCCCGUAAGCGCUUGGCAUCAUAUCGGUCAUUGAAGGAAAUGGUCAUCUUAUAUUCCUCCUAUACCUCUUUUAUCCAUGAAAAUAGAGGCAUGAGUUUUAAUAAUUUGGGAUGAACGGUUGAGUGGAGAAUGGUCCCACAUAUUUUGUAGUUUUGUGCAUGGAUGAGUGUACGAAAAUGGAAAUGUAGACAUGUUUUAUAUGACAAAAUGAUUAUUAUUAUUCUUA